AUGGCGGACACGAGCGCCUUGGCCAUCACGACACCAGAUCGCGAUCUAUUGCACCAGUCAUCUAAACUCGAAAACUUGCCUUACGACAUCAAAUACCUUAUUUUGCAGAGUAUUCCUGAUCAUGGCACCCUUGUUAAAUUUUCACAGGCGUCGCGGGUGUUCUACAACAUUUUUCGAGAACACCGCCGCGCCCUCUUCCAAUAUUUAAUGUUCAAUGAAGCGUCUGAAUACAUGGAAGAGAGCUAUUUGUUAGCGUGUUUGGGAGACCAACUGAGUAACAACACUAUGACGGUUGCCUAUUUGGAUAAUCUUUAUCAGUGUUAUGCAGACAGUCUGUCUCCAACAGUGUUUGAGCACCCCUGGUAUUAUAGGGAAGUUUUACGAGGAGGUGCAAGCAUGAGGGCAAAGAUAUCUGAGUGUCACAAAGGAAUUAAAGAGCAUUGCGACCAAUUCAUCCGGCGAGAGUUAAGACCGAAGAUGAAACUGCGCCCGCUUAAGGAGGACGGCACAGACCAUGAUGAGCUCCCACCAACGGACUCCGAAAGACGCAGGAUAAUGCAAGCGUUGUACAAAAUAUGGCUGUUGCUCAAGCUUCACCAUGUCAAGGUGGCAGACCCAGAGGAAUUUGCGCCUGCCAGCCGGAAUGUCGGAACGCCUACUUAUCCGUUGAGGGCCGAUGUUGCGCGAUAUUUGAAGCUCUGGGAUUAUUGGGACCUAAAGGUCGUUCAAGUAUUACUGCCUAUAUUUUGGAACGAUAUGAAGACGAAAUAUGACAAACGGGGAGACAGUCUCAUUCGAGAAGCUCUCUCUAACCACGAAGGAGACCGUCAUGACGACUACACAUACUUCACUUUGUUCCUGAACACUACUCUUCACUUAUACUUCCCGCAUACCGGCCUAAAAUGGUUCAACACUUCAUCAAACGAAAUGGAAAUUCACCAGCAUAUCAAAAAUGUAUCAAAUUAUCUCUCCGAUAAGCAGAACAGAGCACAUUUUGAAUCCCUCGGGGAUUUUACGGGUAUAGCAUAUAUUUAUUUCCAACAAGUCCACGGCUCUCCGUCCGAUAUGAACGGAUUCCCUGGGCCAGAGGUAUUCGACAAUGUCCCACUAAAGAGACUUGGCCGGCCCGGACGUGCUAUAAACGAGCAUUCUGGCCACGGAUUAGAUGGAAAAAGGCGCUUCUUAAAGUGUCUAAAUCAUGCGAGCUUGGCACACUCGGACCUUCAGAGUUGCAUGUGGGAUGAUUGGAGAUUAGAGUCGUGGGGGUAUGUUACCCCGGAUUUCACAUCUGAGCUGACUGAUCAGGAUCCUUUGCCGACGACAACAAUUGAAGACCAUUUCCAGUCAUUUACGUUGUAG